AUGGAGGGUACUUUACUCGUCCCCCCCGAUCGGGGUAGCAUAAUUGGGAGAGCUGCUUGGAAGCCUCGAUAUCUUGUCGUCGGUCCGCCCAAAGAUACUAGCCAACCGAACACUGCUUUCUCCCAAGUCCUAUCCGCCGCUCGUAUCAAAGAUUCCAGUAAUCGAUCGUCCAAAUUGCAGACGAGAAUACAGCCCGACCUCAUCUACCUUUCGAUAUAUAAAACAAAGGAUGAUUGGGAACCGGUUCAGCAGCACUCGAUGGCCUCUAUCACGAACUGUGUGGUUCAGAAUGUUGCCUAUCGGAAGCAAGGGCCAAUCCUUCCGACUCUUGCUGUUCAGAUAUCUCCAGAUCCCGCUACCGACAAGUUGCGAAAACGCCGAUCGAGUCGGACCGCCGGCUUAACUACAACCAAGGAAUCUGGACCGACAACGCUAUGGUUCCGUCUCGGCGAUGAUCGCACAUAUACGCUAGAGGAUUGGGCCAGUUACAUACAAUCGCUAAUGCCGCCUGAUGUACUUGGUAAACAUCCGAUAAGCCCGAUCAGUCCAAUAUCGCCCUCUUUCAUCAACCCCUUUUCUCCCUCGUCGUCCCGAGAUACGGGUGAAUUCUUCGGCACAUCGAGUGGGAGCUCUUCUAAGACGUGGACGAAACGGCCUGGCAAAUCCGGCCAUGCGCACGCAUCAAGUCGAGAUGCCGCCACGACAUACACCUCGGGGACACCAAGUAUACGCUCGAACCGCAGCGAUGUUUCGUCCUCUCAUGCCAGCUCAAUGGUUCCCAUUUCCACAGGGUAUACAGGGCAACAUUACACGACUGUUCAUCCUUCCGAUCUUCCGUCCCCUGCGACUACAAUUGGUGGUGAAUAUCAAGACCAAUUUAUUGAAGGAUGGACAUCAGCGCAAGGACGGUCAUCCACUCUAGGUUCCCCUGUUAGGACGAGAGAAAGUAUUAGUUCUGCGCCAGCUCAAUUUUUACCUAGUCUUCAUUCCAGCUCACCACCCGGCCAACGGGAAACCAUAUUAGAUAGGGCAUUUCAGUUACGCUGUAUCCCCGGUUCGGACCGUGAGGUGCCUGGAGAAGAAAAGCUGAGCUCUAUUGCUAGAUUCGAGGCAUUGAUGCGUGAGGUAGAAGAGCGUCAGAAGGCUUUCGAGGCGGAAAAACGAAUUUCUAGGGAGCCCCUCAAAAGUACUUCGGAGAAGGACGAAAGCGACGAGAACGACGGCGUGGACGAGGUUAACGAAGAGGACAGCGGUGGUGACGCUUUUGAGCAGGACUUAGGUGCUGACGAGAUUGGACCAUCUGCGCAAAGAGCGCUCCAGUUUAUCGCUAAUCGUCACAGUUCAGGGAGAUCUCACCGGUCUCAUCAAAGUGUCAGAUCUGUGCCAACCUAUCAAGAAUCGAGUUCCUCCAUCCAUCGACCGCAUACCGCCCAUUCAAGAUCACGACCCGCGGCUCAGCGGACGAAUAGUCAGCCAUAUAUCCCUACCGCCUCGCUCGACCUGACACUUAUUCCUAGCAGGGUGCCAGAAGAACCGGUGACGAGGAUAAAUCAUGAAAAGCGACAGUCGGUAUCGGAUGGCAAACGGCUUAGCUUCAAUGAAUUUACCAAACGGCUGAGUGGCACUAGCAGUCUCCUGCUUGUGCAAACGAACGCAAGCAACGGCAGCAGUCGGGGUAGUAGCGAAAUUGACGGACCCCUGCAGAUGACACCGCCAAGGAAUGGUGCGUUGAGUCCCAGAGGCGGAGCCAUGUCGCCCACCGAACGGGAAGAGCGAUGUCGUUGGCGAGGUAGUGUCGGCGUGUUCGGCAACGAAGGAGGCUUCCUAUGA